AUGCAUGUACUGAUAGGAGUAGUGAUUUUGUCUGUUCUAUCUAUUGGAAAUGCUUAUCAAAAAAUUGAAGAACAUCCUGAAUUUUGGACAAACCUUGGAAAAUUGGGAAUUGAGGAAUCCAUUAAAAAAUUUCGAAAACUAAAUUCCCAAAAAGCAAAAAAUAUAAUCUUAUUUAUCGGGGAUGGUAUGAACUUGGGAACUAUCACUGCAGGUAGAACUUCAAUUGGCCAAAAAACAAAGGGAAAAGAUGGAGAAGAACAUGUGACUUCAAUUGAUAAAUUAUCCUACACUGGAAUUGUGAAAACUUACAGUGUUGACCACCAAACACCAGACAGUGCUAGUACUGCAACUGCAAUACUGACUGGCGUGAAAACAAAAUCUCAGAGAAUUGGAGUUAAUGCAAAUGCUGAUGACUGUGUGACAUCACUUAACAAUAAAUUAACCAAUGUUCUUGAUCUUGCAAAUGAACAAGGCAAAUCACUUGGCAUAGUAACAACUACAUCUUUGCAACAUGCUACACCAGCUGCUGCAUAUGCUCAUGUACCAAACAGGGGAUGGUAUAGCGACAGAAGAAUGAAGUAUAGAGACCGAGCUAACAACUGCAUUGAUAUUUCAUUGCAACUGUUGAAAAAGCGAAGAGAUAUUCAAGUGUUAUUGGGGGGAGGCAGGUCGUAUAUGAGAUCGAUGGAUGCAAGAGAUGAGGAAGGAUACAAGGGUGAUCGAAAAGAUGGGAGAGAUCUCAUCCAGGAAUGGAAGGAAGACAUGGAAAGAAGAGGAGGAAGGUAUGUUUGGAACAUAUCAAGUUUGAAUGACAUCAAUCCAUCUUCAACAAACUACCUACUUGGAAUGUUUAAUGCAAGACAUAUGAUAUAUUCAGUUCGUAGAAAAAAUGAACCAACUCUUGCCCAGAUGACUGCCAAGGCCAUUCAGAUUUUGAGCAAAAAUCAAAAAGGUUUUAUUUUGCUGGUUGAAGCUGGACUCAUUGAUGUUGCCCAUCAUCAGGGAAGGGCAAGAUUUGCUUUGGAAGAAUUUCACGAACUGGAAAGGGCAGUGGAAGUUGCAAAGACAGCCACAACUGAAGAAGACACAUUGCUAAUUGUAACAGCAGACCAUGGACAGAUGUUUAUGUUUGGAAGUGGCUCUGUAAGAGGAAAUCCAGUCUAUGGUUUAGCACCUGACAAUGAUAACCCAGGUGAAGCUGCAGAUGGAAAACGUUACACGUCGUUGUUGUAUGGAACUGGACCUGGUAAUGCAGCAGUACAAAAAUCUUUGUCGAGGCAGGAGGUCUCUACACGAGUUUCAAGAUGGAAAAAUUAUGUUGUUCAAAGUGCUGUCCCAAUGAGGGGUGCAACACACAGUGCAGAAGAUGUUGUUGUAUUUGGGAGAGGACCAAUGGCACACAUGAUUUCUGGAGUACAUGAACAAAGCUACAUUGGCCAUGUCAUGAUGUAUGCAGCUUGCCUUGGUCCACAAUACCAACACUUCAGUCACUGUAAGGAUAAUGGUCCAACUAAACGCUGAAACAGACUCAAGCCAAAUGAUAUGUGAUACAUUAACAAAGAACUCAUGAAAUGAACAACUACAUCAUUAACAAUAAUUGAGUGGCCACAGUUAUUGAAACCAACGACUCUUGUGUAAUAAAGGUAAAGCUGCCUUUACAAGGGGAAUAUUCCUGGAGCAAAUUAGUUCUAAUUUAUAUGUCGUAAUGUGCAAUGAACACUGGUGAAUAGGUGGCGUUUUGUAUUAAAUGAGUGUUUAACUUUGUGUUUAUUUAUUGCAUAUUCAAAGAGACCCUCAAAAAUACAAGAUAUUUGCAAAUUCCUAUUUAAUUCUAGCAUGUACAUUCGUAGGCUGUGCGUAAUUAGGCUGCCGGUUAAAUUUGUCUUAAAUUUAUACAUGCAUAGGCUGUACACAAUAUUUGAACCAAGUCUGAACCCAGAAUCUCUUAUAUGUGAUAUUGCUUGUAAUGGUGCACCAUAUAAAACUAAGAUGCAUCAUAAAAAAUUAAGACAAAUCAACAAUAUGCCUGCCUUACCUUCAGAAUAAAAACAAAUUUUGGGCAAAUCAUGUUCUCUUUCUAUCUGGUAAGUUUAAUUCCAAACCUGAAACAAAAAAACAGAAUUUUUACA